GUAUCACUUCGGUAGAGGCCGUCGUCGCACCAAGAACGUUCCAACAGAAAAAUGAAAGUCCUUAUGCUGGCUGUUUGCAGCUUGGCUCUGGUAGCCGCUGAUGUCUCGCAUUUGUUCGGUCAUGACCACCAUGAUCACCAUGACCAUCCUGGCUACAACUAUGACCCACCAAGCAUCCCCUUUGAACUGCCCACUCCGGCUCCGGCUUAUCUGCCUCCAGAACCAGUGACCGUUCGUGAGGCUCCUGUGACCGUGCCUCCUCCAGUUUAUUUGCCACCAGCGACCGUGAAACCUGAGAUCCCGGUUGUCAGGACCCCCAAGCCCGCCUAUCUGCCUCCUCCACCACCAGUGAUUAAGGUCAACCCACCCAAGCCCGCCUAUCUGCCUCCUCCGCCACCAGUUGUCAAGGUCAAUCCACCCAAGCCUGCCUAUCUGCCUCCUCCGCCACCAGUUGUGAAGGUCAACCCACCCAAGCCCUCCUACCUGCCUCCUCCACCACCGGUUGUUAAGGUCAACCCACCCAAGCCUGCCUAUGUGCCACCUCCACCACCGGCUGUCAAGGUCAACCCACCCAAGCCCGCUUAUCUGCCACCUGCACCUGUGGUGGAGCAGCCCCGUUACGUCGCACCAGCUGUAGUGCCCGCCUUCAAGAUCCCGAUCCCUUCAUACGCCGCACCUCUGGAGGAACCCGUAAACACCUAUCUGCCACCCCAGGAGAUCGUGGAGUCCCAUGAUGAUGGAUACCACUACGAUGCGCCAUCUCAGCCGUUCCUCUUCUAAAUAGCCAUCAUCCUCAGCCAUUUUUUAUUUGUUGUCUUUGAGUGUGACGUGUAUUUACCUGUAGUUAUUUAUUGUUUACCUAGCUCAGCCUGCACUAAAAACGAAAUAAAGCUUAGCACUGCGAAAACGUAGUUUCCCAAGCG